AUGAUAGCAGCAUGUGAAACCCAGGAUUUCGUGCCAUUUGGCCGAGAAUACAUUCACCAUCAUCCUGGUCAUUUUCAGCUGCAAGUACAAAAUACAAAACAUGCUGAACAUGGUCUCCAUAUUCUCAAAAUAUUUCGUGAUUCACCACAUGAAGCUGGCAAGAAAGAACAAUGGCUAUUUCGACACCACGAAGGAGAAGGGGAAGAAAAAUACGAUGAAGAAUUAUACGUCAGUGAUAGAACUGUUGUCUGGAGUAAAGGUGGACAGAACGGUGUACAAAACGUUCUUAAAACAUUCACAGUCGAUUCACCAGUUGUUCAGGCAUUAUGGGGGACGUUUAUUUUAAGUGGAAAAGACAAGAAUACUACUCCUCUUUCCUCUGUAGAAUCUACAGGGACUGUACAGAAAGGUAUUUGUGUAAUAGAAUCAACAAGUACUCUCAGUUUCUUUAAAGAAGAUGGAGGUGAAUAUUUAACAGCUCUGCCUUUCCAGGUGUCUCAAGCUUGGCCAAUUAAAAAUGGAUUAUUAUUUGAAAGAUGUUUAGCACAGUUUGAAUAUUCAGCUCCAAAAAAGAAUGCACCGAAUCAGACUAUAGUAUUUAGUAUGUUACAUCCAUUAGAAGAGGUGGCACCAGUCAUUACUAAAACUUCAGGUGCUGGAGGGUGUCCUAAGAUUAACUAUUUAACGGACAAUACCCAACAUAUAUUAUUUACUAAUAUAGAACCUUCUAUAGCUUUUACUUACGAUACUAUGUUAGGUUUACAUUCAGCCUGGAGAAUCAGACGUGCUCGACAAGAGGAAUGUUGUACCAUAUCUGGAUAUUUUGAUACAGGCAACGCCAGUUUUAGUCACUUAAUGCCAACAACACCAGUGGCGGGUCUGAACCAAUCAAGUAGUACCCAAUCAAGGUUUCGAGCCAGUCCGUUUAUCAACUCACCGAAUGUCUCCCCGCUACGAACCUUGUCUGGUAAACUGUCAACGCCCUCUACUUCUACAUCUCGUUCACCUAGUUUACAAACAAUGGCUGCCGUAAGUCGUAGUCAGUCCCCAGCUGUUGGAGCCAAUUCUAUGAGGAAAUUCUUGUCACCAGUCUUAGGUCAAACUGGGGGUGUGACUAAAUCACCAAAUGUCUCCAUGAGAACACCAAGUGGACCCCACAACCUAUCUCUGAUACCCCCAGAUAGUUAUAGUGAAUGGGUUGAACCACUACAGCCCGAGAUUUGUCUGGAGCAUUUAUGGACUGAACCAACUCCCACUAUGAGAGAUGGUAGUCUAGGGAAAGCAUCGAAAGUAUUUUUAACAAAAGAUAUGUGUGGUCAACAGUUUAUAUGUUAUAUGGUUCCUUAUAAACAACAUCUUAGGUUAUUGAAGUUUGAAGAAAGUAAUGAUUUACAGAAGUUAAUAUCUGGAAGUUUAACUUUCAUUUCAGCGAAAGAUGCUGUCCCUAUUGAGAGUUUAGAUCUAUUGGUAGUAUUAGAACCUGGUGGAUUUCUCAAUGUAUAUAGUGGUACCACUAAGAUAAGUCAACUUCACAUACCCUUUCUACCUUUAAAUUCUGGUUCGUUGAGUUUAUUACGACCGAUGACCCCUCUAGGCAGCCCAACUCGUGGUAUUUUUACAUCCAGUAGACCGGCUAGCGCCAUGGAUGCCAGAUUUGAUGAGGAGAUAAGUCAUCUGUCACCAGUACAAACUGAUCUAGAAGAUAGCAGCCAUAUUGAAGGUGAUUUAAUGGCUCCACAAUGUAAUACAUUUAUACAGAACAUGAGAGAUAAUGUAGACAAUAGAUUUACUAUAGAAUUAUUAAAUGGUAAUCUCUGUAGAACAACGUUACCUGCUCUGAGUACAUCACCUGGCAUUGAUCUAUGUUUGAAGGCAUUAAAACAUCUCCUACCAAAAGAUAUUGCGUUACAAGUUUUAGGACGGUGGUAUACGGCCAGAAAUAUUCCAGGUGGUCUCGGCAACCAAUCAGAAUGGUCGUUAUUCUAUAAAUCAUUACUAGGAAUGAUGGGAUACGAUACAAGUCGUCUGUCUUUAACGAGCAAGAGAGAUUUAGACACGUCCAUGUCACCUGUUAUGUCAGCGAAAAGAUCAAAACCAUCAGAGAUUGGCUCAGAACAGGAUUGGGAAUAUUUGGUGAACUCGACACAUCAUCAGCUAACAGAAGAAUGUUCAUCUCAGAUUCAUAAUUUAACAGACUGUGAAUUAAUACCAGAUAGAUCCUCCUACUCUAAACCUUGUACCUUAUCUACUACAGCUCUUCUCUUUCAACAUUGUCCUGCCGUCAUGUUGGCUCUACAUUUAAUAUAUGAGGAAAUGAAGUUAAAUAUUUUAUUGGGUGAAGAGUUGAAAGAUUUGUCUAUCUUAUUGUACCAGAUUGCUAGUGAUUUACAAUGUCAGUCAUAUAUAGAUUAUUACUGUCGUGAUUUCCCCUCGUUAUUUCAUCAGUCAGAUGAUGUCAGCCAAGUUACUGAUGAUCACCUGUGUAAAAUGCAGUAUCCACAUAUCUUCCCGCGAUCAGUACCCAGUGUACAUCUGUGGAUUUAUAAUCAGUUACACGGUCGACCUACGACGUCUCUACCCUAUAUACCUUUCGUCACUGAUAGAAUUAAAAACAUUAUUUCUUUGUAUGCUAUAAUGUUAAAUAGAGACAUAUCAACUGAACAAGCUAUAGAAAAAAGUUUACGUAGGAUUGCCCCUGCAGGUCACAGAGCGCCGACAGCUGAAGUUUCCUUGUCUCACAGUUUUCAAUUACAUCCAGUUACUAAUAUUGCUGAAAAACUGGUUCUUACUAUGACUGAAUUAGGUAUAAUAUCUCGAGAUUUAGAAUAUCUACCAGUAGGAAUUGUUCUACCAUUAAGAGAAGCUAUUUUAAACUGUCGUUGUAACCCUCCUUCUGAUUGGCCAGAAAAAGCCUACAGUUUGAUUGGUCGUGAAGAUUUAAAAACAUCAUUAGUUAUAAAACGUAAACAUAUAGCCAACACGGAAAAUAACAACUCUACUGAUACUAUGACUAGUAAAGAUGAGGUUGACGGAAUGGAGAGUUUAGACUUUGAGCUUUUAAAGCUACGAUUCAGUGAAGAUCUGCGUAUCCAGGAAGUACGCAGAUUACUCCAGUCUUCUCAGCCAGCUAAAAUAUCAUUGGUUCAAAAACCAGAAGUAAGUGAUCAUGAUUUUAUAGAAGAGAAAGAGAAACACCUGUAUUGUAUCUGUAUCAGAACUAUGGCUCUACCUAUUGGAAGGGGAAUGCUGACACUAUGUACCUAUCACCCACUACCAACUGAAACAUUACCUAUACCUAAAUUAUGUUUGACUGGUAGGGCCUUACCAAGAAAUACAACAGUAGAAUUGACCCAUAUUGAUACUCCAGCCAAGAUGGCCGUUUGGCCUCACUUUCAUAAUGGUGUAGCAGCAGGCUUGAGAAUCGCCAACUCGACACAGGUGGAUUCAGCGUGGAUUAUCUAUAACAGUCCAGUUGGCAAUGAUAUGGUCAACGAAUACGCUGGAUUUUUAAUGGCGUUGGGAUUAAAUGGUCAUUUAUUAAAUCUAGAGACUCUCAAUGUACACGAUUAUCUUUCACUUCUGAAAAAUCUGUGUGUGGAAAAUCCCCAUAAAACGGGACCUAGUUUUUCUGCCUCGGCUCUACCUAUCAGAGGCUUGAAUAAAGCAGAUGUUUGGGGGCAGUCUAUGACAACUAUUGGUCUCAUCUUAGGUUUAUCUGCUGCCAAACGUGGUACGAUGGAUUUAGGAGUAACCAGAAUGUUGAGUAUCCAUCUAACAGCUUUACUGCCCCCAACAUCAACAGAUCUAAACAUUCCCCAUGAUGUACAGGUUGCUGGUAUAUUGGGAGUCGGUCUAGUCUAUCAGGGCACGGGUAAUCUACACUUUGCUGAAGUUCUACUGGCAGAAAUAGGUCGUCCCCCUGGUCCAGAAAAUCAGAACUGUACCGACAGAGAGUCGUAUGCUCUUGCGUCUGGGCUAGCUCUGGGAUUAGUUAUGUUUGGGAAAGGUAAACAAGCUAUGGGGUUAUCAGAUAACAGUAUGGCCAAUAUUUUAUGUCAUUUUAUGGUUGGAGGACAGAAACGACCUUUACCUGGUCCAUACAGAGAACGAUAUAACUCUCCAAGUUAUCUGAUAAAGGAAGGAGACUGUGUGAAUAUUGAUGUCACGGCACCAGGUGCUACUCUAGCUUUAGGAAUGUUUUUCUUUAACACCAAUAACAGUGCUGUAGCCGAAUGGUUGAAAGCUCCUGAUACACAAUUCAUGUUAAACAAUGUACAACCUGAUUUCCUUAUGUUAAGGACGCUAAGUAGAGGUUUAGUAUUAUGGGAUGCAGUAGUUCCAACACAAGAAUGGGUAUCAAGUAAUAUACCAGAGAUUGUAUCUAAAUAUGCGUUUAAAGAAAAUGUAGAGAUAAAUUAUGAUGUUAAUAUAGAUUAUGAAACUAUGAGUCAAGCCUAUUGUAGUCUUAUUACUGGUGCCUUUAUGGUUCUGGGGUUAAAGUUCGCUGGUUCAGCCAAUCAAAUGGCGUUUGAUUUAAUGAUGGAGCAAAUGAAGUUAUGUUUAAGAUUAAUCUCCGUUCCAGCUCUUGUAGAAAUGGCGGGAAAAUCUCUCGUAGAAAAUUGUUUAUGCUCCAUCUUGCUGUCAUUGUCCAUGGUAAUGUGUGGUACAGGAGAUUUACGUGUAUUGAGAUUAUGUCGUAUGCUACGGAAACGUGUUGGUUUACAGCACGUCUACACUACGUAUGGUUCUCAUAUGGCUAUUUCCAUGGCAACAGGAUUGUUAUUUCUAGGUGGUGGAAAGUAUUCUCUAAAAACAACGCCAGAUGCUAUAGGAGUUAUGUUGUGUGCUUUUUACCCACGAUUCCCUACUCAUAGUAAUGAUAAUAGGUAUCAUCUACAAGCAUUCCGUCAUCUAUAUGUAUUAGCAGCUGAACCAAGGUUAAUUUUACCACGAGAUGUUGAUACCGGUCUGACUACCUACGUACCAGUACAAAUUAAGUUUAAACCUUCACCAUGUUAUAAAACUACAGAAUUAACAUAUGAUACUUACGCACCCUGUUUAUUACCUGAAUUACAUCUUCUAGAACAGGUGAAUAUACUAGGACCCAGAUAUUGGCCUGUUUUAUUCCAUGUUGAUAAAAACUGGUCCAUUCUCAAAUCAUUAUUGGAAAACAACCAAAUAUUAUCAGUAAAACAGAGAGCUGGGCAUCUUUCAUAUGUUGAAGACCCACAGGGUUAUAGAAGUAUUUUAGCGAAAUCCUUGACAUCUGAUCAUUCCAACCAUGGUGUAACAGACCCAGAAGUUAUAAAAUCUUUCACCUCAGAUAAUAGAAUAACAACAUUAUCUGAAAUAUUCCUGACUCCUAAACAUUCUCAGAAUUAUGAGAGAGUACAAGAAUUAUCAUCGGUAUUAUUUGAUUGUGUAACACAAGAGAAAACAGAAUCUAUAUCUUGUCAUUUGAUAUUACAACAGUUAAUCCAGGAAAGUGAGCAUUGCUAUGAUACGUUUGGUAUAAACCAGUUAAAAUUAAUAUUAGGGUAUUAUACGAGUUGCCAUCGGUUACCAUCCACAGUGUCGUCUGAUACAUCAUAUAACAUACUAGAAACAGAAUUCUUAUUGGGUUUAAAAUCACGGCUAGAAGAUAAACUGACUAGAUGGCAGAAAGAAAAUACUGAAAUGAUAUUGAAAUAUAUAAAAAAUAAAGAAGUAAAAGGAGAAGAGAUUGGUAAUUUAUCAUCAUAUCUUACCUGGUUCGAUUUCCCAUCUCCAAAUCAACUAGCAACUAUUUUAUCAGCUGAGCCUAGUUUACCAGUACUGUGUAGUGAAAUGAAAGGACUCAGUGUGUCCACAGCCAGAAAAAUACUAGCUACUGUUAAUAGUUGACAGCAAUAUUUCUUUGAGAAUUCACAGACAAUCUGAAAGUGCUACGUGAUGGACAGAAGGAAUAUUAGCUAUCGUAUGAACAGUGCUUCACGAGAGAGUAACAAUCAUUUGGUUUUGUGGUGUUGAAAAUUUUACGUGACAUUAUAUGCUUGGUUGCUUC